CAGAGAUUACUGGGUCAGUGACAUUCAUUAUUCCUUUUAUUCUAGUAUGAUCAGCCUCCUGGAGAAACACUGCUACCUGAUUAACAAACCCUAAAAGUACUCUGAGAACACAUUCAUCAUUUUGUCAGGCUUGACCAAUGAAUUUUAUAAAAACUCAAGGAUAUUUUGAAAGGCUGCUGUCCAAAUUUCAGUCAAGGGGUGCAUCUUAAUACAAAACAUGUGAUACAUUGUUACCUGUGACUAACAUUUUGGUCCUUCAUUAUUUGGUGAAAAUCUGCUGGCGGAUAAAGAGAAGACUUCUUUUGUUAAGAACACUUUCACUGGUGGAAAAGAGAUGGCAUCCCCUCAUAAUAUGAAGCCCUUUGAGAAAAGCUGGUUGUUUCUACUGCUGCCUGUUGUACUAAGAGUUGUAUGCUCCUCCUUUAUUAGUGUCAACCUUGGGGUGAAAGUGAUGAAGGGACAGUCUGUCUUCCUGUCAGAAGAUGACCUCAAGUUUUCCAUCCCCAAAGAGAAGGAUGUCUGUAAAGUAGAAGUUGUGAUUAAUGAGCCAAUAACACAGAGGGUUGGGAAACUAACUCCACAGGUUUUUGACUGUCACUUCCUUCCUAAUGAAGUCAAAUAUACCCACAAUGGCUGUCCGAUUUUAGAUGAUGACACAGUCAUGCUUAGGCUCUACAGGUUUACAGAAACUGAAACAUUUGUAGAAACAUUCACCCUCCAUGUGCAGUUACUUGAGCCAGACUGUAACAUCAUCAAAAUGCGCUCAAAUGCCCUGGAGGUCCCUGAGUACUAUGGUCUCUCCAAGGUGAUUGACAAGAACAUCCUCACUUUUGACUAUGACAGGAAGAUAAAUCUGGAUUGCACCAUUUCCAUAGCGUCUUCGGAAACCCACCUGCCUGCUCAUGGCCAGCUCAUCAUUGGGGAGGUGCAGAAAAAGCAGCUUCGUGGAGAUCAGCCACAGAGCUUCUUCCCUGACCCUAAGCCCAGCCUGGGCCAGCAGUGCAGAAAUGGGAGCUGCAUGCCAGGACUGGGAGCCGUCCAUGACAUAAAAAUGAGCUGCAAAGAAUUUCUGAGGAUGGGGAUUCGAUAUCAGCACCUUGACCCUCCCUCGCCUGACACCGAUUAUAUUCCUGUGAGGUUGGAUCUCACAGACAGCAGAAGCAAAACUCUGCACAAGACUGAGUAUGCAUGGCUCCCUGUUCAGAUUAAAGGUGCUAUUGCCAACAAAAUACCCAGAGCUGCCUCAAUGGCAAAGUUAAUCCUGGAAGUAGAUCAAUUUAUUUUAACACCCAUUACAACCACAACAAUUGAUGCUGAAGACAACGAAACUCCAAAGUCCCUACUUGUAUUCAACAUUACCAAGCCACCUCCACAGGGCUUCAUCACUCAUCUAUCUGACCAUACAAAAGCUGUUGGCUCCUUCACAUGGAAAGAUCUCAGUGACAUGCUCAUUGCAUACCAACCUCCAAAUAACAGCCACACAGAGAGGAGGAAUUUUGAGGUAGAGUUUGAGGUUCAUGACUUCUACUUUGAAAGGAGUUUACCGAUCACUGUGCAUCUUUCUAUCAGAACAACAGAUACAAAUGCUCCUCGGGUUUCAUGGAAUACAGGCCUCAACCUUCUGGAAGGGCAAUCCCGACCGAUCACAUGGCAACACUUCCAAAUCGUAGACAAUGAUGACAUCCAAAAUGUUCGUGUGGUCACAGUUGAUGGGUUAGAGCAUGGACGGCUAACAGUGAGAGGUGGGAAAGGAUUCAUGUUCACAAUCUCUGACAUUCAGGCUGGAGUUGUUUACUACCAUCAUGAUGACAGUGAUUCCACUAAGGACUUUGUGGUAUUUAGGAUUUUCGACGGCACCCACAGUAUUCGCCAUAAGUUUCCAAUCAAUGUCCUCCCUAAAGAUGACAGCCCUCCAUUUCUUAUCAGCAAUAUGGUCAUUGAAGUUCAUGAAGGACAGACAAUCCUGAUUCAGGGCUCCAUGCUUCAUGCUUCUGACAUAGAUUCCAGUGAUGAUUACAUACUAUUCAACAUUACCAAGCCACCACAGGCUGGAGAAAUCAUGAAGAAACCAGGAUCAAAUUUGAUAGGGUAUUCUGUCAGCAGUUUUCUUCAGAGAGAUCUAUUUAAUGGAAUAAUUUAUUAUCGUCAUUUGGGAGGAGAAGUAUUUGAAGAUUCCCUUGAGUUUGUGCUGUGUGAUAGCCAUGACCCUCCCAAUCUCUCAGAGCCACAGGUGAUGAUGGUGCACAUUAUUCCUGUGGAUGAUCAGCUACCCAGAGAAGCCCCUGGAGUGACCCGCCACCUAGUUGUUAAGGAGACUGAGAUUGCUUACAUAACUAAGAAACAUCUCCACUUCAUAGAUGUGGAAGAGCAAGACAGGGAACUCACAUAUACCAUAACCACCUCCCCAUUUUUCUCUUGCACGCACGGCCACACAGACGCUGGGAAGCUGUUUAUGGUGGACACCAUCCCCAAGCUGGUCAAGGAUCCUGCUGCUCUUGCACUGAGGUCAUUUACUCAGCAUGCUGUGAACUAUAUGAAAGUGGCCUACAUGCCACCGCUGCAGGAUGUUGGGCCUGAACCUCAGCAAGUCCAGUUUAUUUUUUCCAUCAGUAAUCAGCAUGGUGGCACUUUGUAUGGGAUCUGCUUCAAUAUUACAAUUCUUCCUGUGGACAAUCAAGCCCCAGAGGUUUUUACGAGCCAUUUGAGAGUGGAAGAGGGUGGCCUGAGCCCUGUCACAGAGGGGCACAUUCUCAUCUCUGACAUGGACACAAAACGGGAGCAUCUCUUCCUCCUCCUGCAGAAACAGCCUCAGCAUGGGGUGGUGGAGCUGGAUGGCAUUCCCAUGAAUGAAGGCGACAGGCUUUCCUGUGGGGACUUGCAUACCCUGGCAGUCAGGUAUCGGCAUGAUGGCUCUGAGACUCUCACUGAUCAUGUCCUCUUUGCAGCCACAGAUGGCAUCCACUUUGUAGAGUUCAUCUUGCAGGUCAAGGUGUUGCCUGUGAAUGACGAGCCACCUGUGAUGCGAACAGGCCUUACUCCUGUACUCCACUGCCUGGAGGGUGAAGAAGUGGUCCUCUCCUCAGAGUACAUUUAUGCCACAGAUGCAGACAGUGAUGACAUGAAACUCAUGUUUAUCCUGGCUCACCAGCCCUACCAUGGAGUAGUGAGGAAAGCUGGCAUUGCUGUGGAUCAUUUCUCCCAAGCUGAUGUCAUCUCUGGUUUAGUCACAUACAAGCACACCAGUGGGGAGAUUGGGCUGACUCCUUCCAUUGAGAUCUUAACCUUCAUUGUCUCUGACAGUGAGGCUGGCCUAGAUGUGAAAGACUGCUGCGAUGAUGGACCCCUUCCUCCUCCAGUUCCAAUUCAUGAUCCAUUUCCAGUAUAUGACCUUAACAUCACUGUAGUUCCAGUGGACAACCAGCCUCCAUCAAUUGCAACUGGUGCAAGGUUUGUGGUGGAGGAAGGCUCCUCAGCAGCCCUUACCACCCACCAUUUGUUUGCCACCGACCCUGACACCACUGCAGAUGAUUUAGAGUUUGUCUUGGUUUCUCCUCCCCAGUUUGGGUACAUUGAAAAUAUACUGCCUUCUCCUGGGUUUGAGAAGAGCAACACUGGUAUAAGUAUAGCUUCAUUUCAGCUGAAGCACCUGAAAGCCCUGAACAUAAACUACGUACAAGCCAGGCAUAUGCGCGUGGAGCCAACAGCAGACCACUUUGUACUUUAUGUCACUGAUGGGCUGCAUCGCUCAGCAGAGUCUCCAUUUUUUGUGCUGAUCAACCCAACCAAUGAUGAAGUCCCAGAGUUCAUAGCAAGGAAUAUUACCGUUCAAGAGGGGGAGAUGAAAGAGCUGGAUCUCUCUGUUAUCAAUGCAGUUGAUCUGGAUGUGCCUCGAGACCAUUUGGUAUUUGGGGUUGUGCAGAGGCCCUGGUAUGGGUUCCUUAUUAAUGGAGUUCAUGGCAAUGAUAUUCUACACUAUAAACAUCUAGUUAACCAUGAGCACUACAGCCAUGAGUUGCUUGUUCAUGACUUUUCCAUGGAGCUACUGAAGAAUGGAAUGAAGCUGAUGUACAUGCAUGACAAUUCGGAAAACCUCACUGACAGCUUUAAAAUCCAGCUAUCAGAUGGGAAACAUAAAGUCCUCAGAACCAUUUCGGUAAAGGUCAUUCCAGUUAAUGAUGAGAAACCAGUGCUGAGCAAGAAGGACGGUAUAGAAGUGAGCAUGGGUGAAACUCGAAUAAUUUCUAGUGCUGUUCUGUCAGCAGAAGAUAAAGACACCCCCAGGGACAGAAUUUACUACUUAUUUGAAAGACUUCCAGAAAAUGGUCAGCUUCAGCUCAAGGUGGGCCAAGGCUGGAUGACUCUCCAAACUGGAAUGAAGUGCACUCAGGAAGAACUGGAUAUGAAUCUUGUGAGAUAUGUCCAUACGGGAGCUAUAGGGUCCAAGAACCGAGACAGCUUCACGUUUUAUCUGUGGGAUGGGUACAACAGAUCCCCAGCUGUGGACUUCAACAUAAAUAUCAAGGACAUGGAAAAGGGAGACAUUGCUAUUUUCAUAAAACCUCUUAGAGUGCCAAAAGGGAAUCAGGGCUACAUUACAACCGAUGUCCUCCUUGCAAUGGAUGGUACUGACAAGCCAGAGGAGCUACUCUAUGUGAUAACUUCCCCACCCCAGUAUGGACAAAUAGAGUAUGUCAGCUAUCCUGGCAUUCCCAUUGCAAGCUUCAGUCAAAUGGAUGUAGCCAGACAGAUAGUCUGCUAUGUUCACAACACAGAGGUGGUUGUUCCUGAAGAUAUAUUCAGAUUCAUCAUCAGCAAUGGACUGAGGACUAAGCAUGGGACAUUCAUGAUCUCCUUGGAGGCAGUCGACAAAGCUUUGCCCACACUAUCUAGGAACACAGGGUUAAGACUAGUGGAAGGUGCUAUGGCAGUCCUUUCUCCUGAUGUCCUGCAGCUUUCAGACCCAGACACUGCUAAAGAAAACCUUACCUUCCUCUUGGCUCAGCUCCCCCAGUACGGUCAUCUCUAUUAUCGAGGAGCUGUGCUACUGCAGUACAAUUUCACCCAGCAAGAUGUGGACAACAGGGAUGUUGCAUACAAGCACCGAGGUGGGGACUCCCAGAUUGACAGAUUUACAUUUGUUGCAACAGAUAGGACUAAUCAAGGAUUCAUCGUGAAUGGGAGGGUGCAGAGUGAGCCAGUGGCAUUCACCGUUCAGGUGGAUCAUUUGGACAAAAUGGCACCAAAAAUUAUUCACCUCCAUUGCUUUUCUGAUGUGGAACUGCUGAAGAAUGGCAAUUACGGGAUCUAUAUUACUGCCAGGUCCCUGAAGGCAUCUGACCCGCAUACAGAAGAUGACAAAAUAAUUUUUAAGAUUUUACGAGGUCCUCAUUAUGGCUACCUGGAAAAUAUAACAACAGGUGGAUUUAUUCAGAAAGAGUUUAGCCAAAAGGAUUUAAACAGCAAAAUCAUACUUUAUGUCAUCAAUCCAUUGUGGGAAGUGAAUUCAGACAACUUGGAGUUUCAAGUCACAGAUGCCAGUGGAAAUGCUGCGGUGCCCCAAAGGCUGGAGCUACAGUGGUCUCGGAUUGAAAUGCAACAGACUGAAUAUGAAGUGUGUGAGAGUGUGGGCAUGGUGUCUCUGAAAAUCACCAGGGCAGGACACUCUGCAGAGUCUGCCUUUAUCUCCCUGAAGGUCAAUGAAAUAUCUGCUGUGCUAGGGAAGGACUUUACAGUGACUCCCUCCAAGCUUGUUCAGUUUGAUCCAGGAAUGUCAACCAAGACGUGGAAUAUAGCAAUUACCUAUGACGGAUUAGAGGAAGAUGAUGAAGUCUUUGAAGUAGUUCUGAACUCCCCUGUGAAUGCUGUUCUUGGCACCCAGACAAAAGCUGUAGUGAAAAUUUUGGACUCAAAAGGAGGUCAGUGCAGCUAUUCCCAUUCUUCUGGCCAAAGCAAGCGUGACUUCUGGGGGGGAGACACACUGUUUCCAGUUUCCUUAGGCUCUUCAACGCCUUCCAGGACUGGCAAUGCUCCCUUGGAAUGGAUCCCACCACCUCCUUCCAAAGGGAUGAGAGAGCACAGAGGGGACCUACAGCAGGAACACAGCUUGGUGAAUCGGUCAAGGACCCGGCUGAGAGUGACUGGAAAUGGCAGAAUAGUUCAUCCUUCAUCUAUACUUAGAAAUGGAACCGAUGUGGUUUUCAAAUAUCACGGGAUGGUAUCACUCAAAAUAGAGGAUGACACCUCAUCAGCUAAAGCAAACAAGAAAGCUCAAGUGUCAGUAAUUAACCAAGCACAACCACAGACAAACAUCGUCUCCUCUAGGAAGAUAGAAAUCCCACAAGCUGAUAAGGCAGAACUGGCAUCUGAACCACACUCAAGACAUCAGGACUUUUACUCUUUUCCAAAGGCCUGUACACCAGAUUUAAAGGGGCUCUUGCAUUAUGAAGAAAGCACUCAAAAGUUAUUUCAAUGUGAUGGGAUAAUAUGGAAAUCCUGGAAUUCCCAAGGCAAGGAGGUGAGCAUGAAGAAAUGUCCCUCCGGAUGGAGUCAUCACGAGGGCAGCUGCUACUUCUUGGUGGUAAAUCACAAGGUCACCUGGAACACUGCUGCUCGGGCAUGCAGAGAACAAUACCUAGGGAGUCUAGCAAGCGUGGCUAAUGAACAACACAUGCAGUGGCUGUGGGACUUCAGUGGGAGGAAGCCCUUUUGGAUAGGCUUGAAUGACCAAGUCAAUCCUGGACAUUUGGAGUGGAAUGGAGGAGAACCUGUAACCUACAUAAACUGGAGAAGAGGCUCCUACCACUUUCCAAAGAGAGGAAGAAAUUGUGUAUUGGUGCAGAAGCGAGGAAAAUGGCAAGCAACUGACUGCAGGAAGGUCAAACGGAGCCGCUAUAUAUGUUCAAGAAAGCUGUAAAGAAUGGAGGGUACCUGUAAAAGCACAUGGACAUUCAUGUUGUUUCAAUUUUAUUUAGCUGCAAGUUUGUGAGGGUGUGCAGUUAGAAAACUCCUAAUUAUCAGCAAGGUUUACUUUGUAUGCUGCCAGAGGUGCAGAUGCAUUGGGCUCUAACCAAGGAAUUGAGGUCAGUUGCAAAGAUUAUGUCCAGGUUAAAGUUCUGAACUCUUCCCAAAGACUUUGAUCUGUCACUUACUCAUAUGUGAUUUUACACCAAAGACCUAGGCCUGAAGAAUUUCAUCACAUUCCUGUGGAAUAUUUUUUUUUUUUUUUUAAAAAAAGGAAGUAGCACAUCAGUUGAUUUGCUUCAUUCUUAAGGAGGGAUUGUGAAUUGGCUCUUGCUUUAGUUCGUUUGCAAUAAAAACUGCAGUUUUACCCCGCAGUCACAAAGAGAGGAAGACUGUUUGGGGUGGGAAUGAGGGCAAACUUUGCAGGCUAAACCCAGGUUCUCUUGGGUGAUGAGAGGAAGGACAUUAUCUCAGGACACUGGGGCUUCCUUGGUGGGUGCCGUAGUAUAAUGUCUUAUGAAAAUACCAACAGUGGGAUUUAGUGACAGAGUACCAACUGGAGCAAAGGCUUGUAUUUCUUUUUCUACCUCCCAAGGCCAGCUUCAGAUCCCAAUGGAUCUGCUCACACAGAGCUACAUAUUGUUUCACAUUCCUAACAAAAAGUGUUCAAUGUUUUUCGGAGUUGCAGGACAGUGCUGUAAUUUUUAGUGUAAUUAAAUAAUGGGACCUCUGUAAAUCUAAUGCUGUAUCAAAGGAUAUUUUACACAAAAAAAAAAUCAAUACUGAAGCUUAAUCCUAGAAUAAUAUCUUGGGAUAUUCAGUGAUACAUAAACAUCAAUAGGAUUUAUAUGUGUGUAUAAACCAAUGUAAUCAUGAGACAUGUUUUGUACUAAAGCAGCUAUGGCUUUCGAAAAGUAUUAAUCUAAGUCCUUAUUGGGGAUUUGAGGUUUUUAAAAAUCAUAAUUAAAAAUCCAGAUUUAGUUCUGAGAAAGGCUUAAAAAUCAGCAUUUAAUAGGAAAAAACAGCUGCCCAUAACUUAAUUUUAACUUAUUUUAAAUAUAUGCAGUUGCAGUGUUACCAUUUCAUAACACAAUAGUAAGUUUAUAUUUGACCUGUCAAAGGUCUUGCUUUAGGACCUUACUGCCAGCCUUAAAAUUAAAAAUAAGGAACAAGUCAUAGGUUUCCUAAAAUAAAUUAAAACUCCUCUCAAACCCUCCCUCCGUCCAUGGUGAGUGUGUGACAGUUGGUGUGGCACUGAACAGGGUGAAUUUAACCUGUACCUUAUGAACUCUCAUCCAUCCCAUCUGCCUGCCUGCUGCCAGCAGUUGAUCCUCCCCUUGCCCAUCAGCUUCUCUAUUCAGCCAGCCUCUGGAUCAAUUGUUUCUGUACACCAUUUGCACUGGAGGUGCAAAACCUCCUUCUGGGGCUCCUCACAGCAGUUUCUCAGUCUUGCGAGGGACAGAUGCAGCAGAAUCACCUCUCCUCUCUGGGCUGAGGGCGCUGUUUCAGGGGUUAUUUACCCCUUCUCCUUGCCUUUGGUGUGCAUGGGUUACUCAUUCUUCCUCCCUGCCUGUGACAUGUUAAAUGAAUAUCCAUAGGAAUGGGAGUAUCUGGACAGUCAUUGUAUAUAGAAGAGAACCCUUCUGAAAGGACUAUUGCAGAUAACCAUGACUGCAUUGCAAAAUUAGAGGAAAAAUAUUGUGGACAGAACCAUCUCACCCUUAUUGUUGGUAUCAACAGAUACAGACAAAAAUAUUUCCAGGAUUUCUUUGGUUUUGUCAUGGUAAUCUUUAUGCCAAGCUUCUAGACACUUUUGCUAGACACUAACACUUUUGCUUAAGGAGUUUUCUAGACCAACACAGGUAGGCCAACUGUUUCAAGAAUUCCCCAAGCCAAGAACACCUGAGUGCCCACCGAGAUUUGUUUUUACUUCUGACAGUUUUCACUGAAAAAAAAAAUUAGGAUCUAAAAAGCACUUUUUGGAUCUCUUGCUGUUGUGUUCUGGAAUUCCAGGGAAAACUGACUAAGAGAACUUGGCUAGACACAAACAUAAACUUUCAGUUCUUUAGGGCCUCCUUUUUAUAAAAACUGCUGAGUUUAUUAGUGCUGUAUUGAUAAAGUCUGUUGAGAUUAUUUCAAUACCUCUCAUAAUUACUUAAUAAAUGCAUGACAUCAACAGAGAGGGAAUUUUGAUCAAGGUGCUUGUUACUUGAUCAGUAACUAAUAAAUGACUUAUGCCUAGUCUGAGACAACAGUGAUCUCAGAGGUUUGCUUUAGUAAGAAGAGGGGAGAAUUUCCCUUAUCUGUAUUUCAUUUGAACUACUUUAAAGUGAUUGAGGAGUAUGAAGAUUUCAGUACACAACAGAUUGUUAGUUGAGCAGACGGUAUGUGUUUACUGGUUUCAUUAGAUCUAAUACAUUACACUAAUGAAGCUAAAAUUCUUAUAUUGCAGUGCAAGGAUAUUUCUGCCCUAAAAGGCUGCUGAAUUGUUUUUCAAUACAAUGAACUGAUUUUUUCAUAAAUUUUAAUUUUUCUGUCCUUAAAAAUUAAGUAUUUUUUCAUAGAUUUUUACAGCUUUUAUUAGAAUACUGGAUUUCAAAGAAUAUGAUGUAUUCAAAUCACAGAAAGCACAAAUAAAUUAGUUUUUUCUGUUGUCAUAGGAAGUUGUUGUCUCUAAGAGGUUUAGUAAAGGAGGGGCCUAAAAUCCUGAGAAGUUACUGGAAGUUUUUCCAGUCUUCAGUAAUUUUGAUCUAGACUUUGAGAAAACUAAGAUGAACAUCAACAUUCUGAGGACCAGCAUCAGCAGGGGAAUUUCAAGAAGCUGAAAGUAAGAACGAGAAGCAUGUAAAUUCUGGUCUUCACCUACAGAUGGCACAUGUUGUGGAUAAACAAAGGAUUUGUUUCACCAGAACUAUCCAUGUAAGUUUUAAGAGCAACAGAACCAAGACUCAGCAGCUCAGUGAAAAGAACCCAGCGGUUAGCCUAGACUUCUGUUAAGGAAUAGGUAAUGGGAGGUCUUUGUGUGCCUGUGGCUUUUAACCACCUUCUCUCCCUGGCAAGUGUAUUUUAAAUCUGUUGACCAAUAUCAAACAAAUUUGAGAGAGAAGUAGCUGACUCAAAGACAAUGAUUAUGAAAAAAAUGGAAUGGCAACUGACCACAGGAGCACCUCUUCCAAACCAAAUAUUCUAAACCAUUUGUGAUGUUAUCAGCUUCACUGAGAUCUGGUUUUUAAUCUGAGCAAAAUCAGAAAAGUUUUCCAGAUCUCUUUUGUACACAGUGAAACUUAGUGAAUGCCUUCAAGUCUUUAUUCACUCAUUCUAAAAUUAUAAAAAUAGAUUUGAGAGAAUUAUAUCUGUAAUUCAGUGAAUACUGUGGUUCUACAUUAUUUACAUCACAAGACUGGUGCUAUUGUAAUUGUAUUCAGAACACUAUAUAUAUUAUGUUUAAGUUUGUAAUGUGUGUUAAUACAAAACUGAAACAUAUUUUGGUGAAUAUGUUAUUUCUUCAGUUUCAUAAUCUCACAAAAACUUUUAUUCUAGUGAUAAAAAAUAUAGUGUUUGACAUAAUAGAAAUGCACUUAGAGUUAAGCAUAAUAUACCUACUAUUUACUCCAUGCAUUUUCUGAACUCUGUUUCUUCUUCUGCAUGAGCCUAUUCCUGAAUUAAUACUAUAAGGAUAUUUGUAUCAUGAGCAAACCAUUUUUAAAAGAGAAAAUGUUGUUUAUUUUGAGGAGUAAAUUUAACAGACAUUAUAGAUCUGCAAGUGGAUAUACAAGAGGAAGAAUAAAUUCUAGAAAGACUAUCAGUCCAUAAAGUUGAAUUUUAUUAAGAUUCUUGAUUUAAAGGAGAAUGUGAAAAAAAGUCAUUGUCCCUCAUUAACCUCAGUCAUCUUAAUGGAGGAGAUGCAGAUGACAGUUCUCUCUUACUGCCCUUUAAGAAGCAAUGCUGCUUGUAAUAUGGAGAACUCUGCUACUCUAAUUCCAUUGCUGAACUACUGUUCCCUACAUCAGUACACAAGCAGUAUAAGGUUAUAAGACAAAAACAUAAUAGGAUUUGUUUGUUUAUUUUUAUGCCCUUGAGAUAAUGUCUUGUUUUCAGUCAGAUGUAGUCCUAAUGAAUAGGAAUCUGGUAUCUGAAAUACUGCAUACAGGGACAGUAAGCAAAAGAAUAUGAUUUUAUGCAUACAGCUGAAAUUUUCAGAUAAAUCUAAAUAUAUUUUUACUUUAAUAAAAGAAA